AGCCUGCGCCAGGGAAGGGCGGGGCGUGCGUGUGACGCGCCGGCGGGGAACGCGCGGCGAUCCCGGAAGCGCGGUGCGAGGGCCGCGGUGCGGGCUGAGGCGGCAGGCUGCGGGGACGGCCGCGGCCCGCCACCCCCUGCGGCGGCCAUGACGAACUUCAUCUCGGUGCAGCUGAAGAAGGCCGCGGAGGUGGACUUAGCCAAGCCGCUCUGCAAGUUCAUUCAGCAGAGCUACCCGGGCGGCGACGCGCAGGCCGAGCACUGCCGCGCCGCCGAGGAGCUCAGCAAGCUCCGCAAGAGCGCGCUCGGCCGCCCGCUCGACAAGCAUGAGAGCGCGCUCGAGACCCUCCUCAGAUACUAUGAUCAGCUGUGUUCAAUUGAACCAAAGUUUCCAUUCUCUGAAAAUCAGGUCUGUGUAACAUUUACAUGGAAAGAUGCUUUUGAUAAAGGAUCACUUUUUGGAGGAUCUGCCAAAUUGGCUCUGGCAAGUUUGGGGUAUGAGAAGACCUGUGUUUUGUUCAACUGUGGAGCAUUGGCAAGCCAGAUUGCAGCAGAACAGAAUCUAGAUAAUGAUGAAGGACUAAAAACUGCAGCUAAGCAUUAUCAGUUUGCAAGUGGUGCUUUCCAACACAUUAAAGACACGGUUUUGUCAGCAUUGAAUCGAGAACCUACAGUGGACAUCUCUCCAGACACAGCUGGAACUCUUAGUCUUAUAAUGUUGGCUCAAGCCCAAGAAGUCUUUUUUUUGAAAGCUACAAGAGAUAAAAUGAAAGACGGUAUCAUAGCUAAACUAGCUAAUCAAGCUGCAGAUUACUAUGGAGAUGCUUACAAACAAUGUCAAUAUAAAGAUACUUUGCCCAAGUAUUUUUAUUUCCAGGAGGUGUUUCCUGUUCUGGCUGCAAAGCACUGCAUUAUGCAGGCCAAUGCAGAGUAUCAUCAGUCUAUCCUGGCAAAACAGCAGAAGAAAUUUGGUGAAGAAAUUGGGAGGUUACAGCAUGCAGCAGACUUAGUGAAAACAGUGGCGUCUCGUUAUGAUGAAUAUAUAAAUGUGAAAGAUCUGGUUGACAAAAUCAACCGUGCGCUUACAGCUGCCAAGAAAGACAAUGACUUCAUUUACCAUGACCGGGUUCCUGACCUGAAGGAUUUAGAGUCCAUUGGAAAAGCCAGUCUUGUAAAGUCUACUCCAGUUGUUGUACCCCUCAGUCAGAAAUUCACUGACCUGUUUGAGAAGAUGGUUCCAUUGCAAGUUCAGCAGUCUGUGAGUGUUUAUAACCAGAGAAAGGCAGAUCUAGUGAACAGGUUAAUAGCCCAGAUGAGAGAAGCCACAAAUCUGGCGAAUGGUGUGUUGGCUUCCCUCAAUCUUCCUGCUGCUAUCGAAGAUGUGUCUGGGGAUACUGUUCCUCAGUCUAUUUUGACCAAGUCUAAGUCUGUGAUUGAACAGGGAGGAAUUCAGACUGUUGAUCAGCUGAUCAAAGAUCUGCCUGAACUGCUACAAAGGAACAAAGAAAUUUUAGAUGAAUCACUAAGAUUAUUAGAUGAAGAAGAAGCAACAGACAAUGACCUGCGAACAAAAUUCAAAGAGCGCUGGCAGAGAACUCCAUCCAACGAGCUCUAUAAGCCUUUACGGGCAGAGGGAGCAAACUACCACAAUAUUUUGAAUAAAGCUGUGCAAGCAGAUGGCCAAGUUAGAGAGCGCUACCAGUCUCACCGGGACACCAUUGCACUUCUCUGUAAGCCUGAGUCAGAGCUCAAUGCAGCCAUUCCUUCUGCCAACCCAGCAAAAACAUUACAAGGAAGCGAGGUUGUUACUGUCUUAAGAACUUUGCUCACCAGUCUGGAUGAAGUUAAGAAGGAGAGAGAACAACUAGAAAAUGACCUGAAAUCUGUAAACUUUGACAUGACAAGCAAAUUCCUGACUGCACUGGCACAGGAUGGUGCUAUAAAUGAGGAGGCAAUCUCUGUGACUGAAUUGGACAGAAUUUAUGGAAGUUACACACAGAAAGUGCAAGAGUCCCUAAAAAAGCAGGAAGAACUUCUCAAAAAUAUUCAGAAUGCACAUCAGGAUUUUUCAAAGAUGAAACAAUCAAACAAUGAAUCCAAUUUAAGAGAAGAAGUUUUGAAGAACUUGGCCGUGGCAAAUGACAACUUUGUGGAACUUGUUGCCAAUUUAAAAGAAGGCACAAAGUUUUACAAUGAGCUGACAGAAAUCCUGCUGAAAUUCCAAAACAAAUGCAGUGACAUUGUCUUUGCUCGCAAGACUGAAAGAGACGAACUGCUCAAAGAUUUGCAGCAAAGCAUUGCUAGGGAACCCAGUGCUCCCUCUAUUCCUCUGCCUACCUAUCAGACCACAUCAGCUGGAGGAAGCAAGCCUGCAGCAUCGUCAGCUCCUACUCCAGCACCUAGAACCAUGGUGGGGACUAAACCGCAGCCACCAGCACGGCCACCACCACCAGUAAUUUCUGCAGCAAGCAGUUCCUCUUCUACAUCAGCACCCUCUGGAACAGCUCCUGCUGCUGCUCCUGCUGCUGCUCCUGCUCCAGGAGCCAGUGCACCUGCAGCAAGCACUGCACCAUCACAGGCACAGGGACCUCCUUACCCAACUUACCCAGCUUACCCAGGGUAUUGCCAGAUGCCAAUGCCAAUGGGCUAUAAUCCAUACCUGUAUGGUCAGUAUAAUCUGCCGUAUGCUCCCUCACCUGUCUAUCAAAACCCUGGACAAGCACCAUAUCCGACACCUCAACAACCUGGAUACCUUUUUCCUCAACAGCCUUAUUACCCUCAGCAAUAAUGUAUCUGCAAAGAAGCUCUGCUUGUUAAAAUUUGGGAGAAAUUGGCAAUAAGCAUACUAAAACUUUUAGCUUCAGUUACUGUACCAUACUGAACUGUAUGCGGUCUAUAAUUCCUGUUCAUUGUUAACUGCUCAAAAAUGUCUUGAUCAGUUCUUGAUUACACUAAACACUGAAACAUCUGCUGCAGUGGUUUAGACUGUAGACUAAUAUCAAACUUAGAGCCUAAUUCAGUGGUCUGAAACUGUACACUACAUGUUUGCUAGACCAAAAUAUUUCACUGCAAAAAUCCUGUAAGUAACAAAUGGGUUCAGAUGAGAAAAAUUAAGCAGUGUGUGCACUGGGUGUGAUAUAUUCUAGGGAACCAUAUAGCAUUUCCUUCUGUACCCUAUUGGCUUGUAUUUUUGGGGGGGGGGUUUAGUUAAAAAUGCUUAUUUUGUCUAAUAAUCAAGGCCUUGUAAAUUGUUAGUAAACAAAAUAAAUUACUGAAGAAUGGUUUAAACCGUUGGCAUUCUCAUAACCAUAAGAAUGUGGUUGGUGUGUCUGUAGAUUCUGUCAUUUGCCCCUUGACUUGUGCAACAUAAAGUAACUUCCCAAGUGGUUAGCCUUAUGACUGAACUUCCACCUUUUCACUGAUUCUGUGUUUUUUGUGACAGAAUCUAUAAUUAACCAUUUAAAUGUUGUUAGAUGAAGUCUUGCAGGUAGAAUUUUCCUAUAACUUUGAAGUGUAUUGGACUAAAAUAUGUUCAUUACUGUUUUAAAGGAAUGGUUACUCUCAUCUUCAGAUACUACUUCAAAGAAGGGAGAUCAGGGUCCCUCUGACAGGACCCAGUGGCUGGUUGGUCUAACCCACAUUUUCCAAAGAAACGUUGAUGAGAAAUGUGUAUGGCUCAGAAUAGGGCAACUAUUGAUUGUUGGAGCUUUUCAGAUUGUUUCUAAUGAUUGCUUUUUUCCCUUGAAAAAUUAAUGUAUUCCCUCAGGGAGCUUGGUACUAGUGGAAAAACUUUUUUUUGUGGGGGAAAAAAAUAAUCUUGUAAAUGAAAGCACAUGGAAUAUUUUCUUUUGGACCCAUCUUCUCAAGGGAUUAAUAAUCUUGCUCUACAUUUUGCAUUAGAUAGUGAAGAGUAUCAGUUUGUGCUUAAUGGCUUCUACCAAAUAUUUACAAACUGUCUUUUAGUCUGGUUUGUUGUUUUGUUUUUUUUCAACAUGCUUGUCUAAUGAGGGACCCCUCCAUUCCUUUAGCCCUUAACAUGAGUCACUUGGUUCUGUGGGACAGCUAAUGUCCUGAGUGCUUCAUAGAAGAUGUUCUGGCCUUACAGAAGAGCUAUCAUAAUACCUAUGUUAAAUGUUACUGCUUUAUUUUCUAUUUAAGUGCCUGAUUUAAAAUAUCGAGGUAUAUUUUAAUGUAGGGGUGUAGAGGUGCCAGUUAUUGUAGCAUCUGGGUGGAAACCUCACUGGACCUUGGAUACUUUUCUUCAUGAAGAAAGCAGCACAUGUAUCCAUGUGAGCUCCUUUCUUCCUGUCUCAAGUUCUUGCUAUGUGAUCACUCCGAUGACUUUGUGAAGACUACUUGUCUUUGAUACUCUCUGACCCCCACAGAAGAUGCGGAUCAAAAGGUAAAAAUAAGCAUCUCGUAGAACAUGAGUAUCUAAUUCUAAACACAUUUAUUAACCCUGUAGAAGCUCAGUGAUGUGGGGGAGCAGGCUGAAAUAAGAGAAUACAGUGCUGUAGAUACAACCAUGCACAAGGGCAGGUGCUUUGCAUUCCCUUAUGAGCCUUGCUGAGUGGGGUGGCACAGAAACCUCUCCAGUUUUUUUUGCCUGAUGAGAAUAUGUAAGAGGCAAGCAAGGACAAUGAGAAGCAGCUUGGAAGGUCACGGUUUGGAACCAACAAUCAGAACCUGAUUUUCCUCUAACUAGAAAAACAGCAGUUUUCCACUAAUUCCACUGUGUCAAUGUGAGCAAGUGCAAGUCUAAUGCAACCUUUUGAGUUUGAAAUUUCUAGUACACUAUGGCCUGUAGAUUUUUCAGUUUGCACAUUAGAUGCAUUUGAGCUAUUGAGUGAGUUUGUUUCUAGUGCCUCAAUUUAUAAAACUUAUUUUAAUGCUGUAUAAAAAUGUAACUUGGUUCAGCAUAAAGAUUCCUAGAACUGAAAUUCCCUUUUUAAAAUUGCAUGGAGCUGGAAUCACUGUUUAAACACUUUUUUUCCAGUUGUGUUACUGCUUGCUUUAGUCUGCUAUUAUUUGAAUAUGUAUAGAAAUCUAUGCAUUAUGUUCAGCUUUCUGUUUUUCUCCCCCCCCUUUUUUUUUUCUUCCUAAAGAGAAUAGAAGAAUCCAGGGACAUGUAUGUAUCUGCUUUUAAGCAUGCAGCUGUCAUGACUUUGGUUGAAAUGUUAUCUCGUUCUUCUAUAGUUUAUUAAAAAAAAAAAACCAGUUAGAAAAA